AUGUCUAAUGUAUGGGUUUGCCUUUUCGCUACACUCCUUUCUCCCCUCCGCCCUCCCUCUCUUGCUUCUCCCCUCUGCCCACCCUCCCUCUCUUCUCCAAUCCACCCACCCUCCCUCCCCUCUCCCUUCCGUCCACCCUCACUCCCUCCUCCUCUCCGCCCACCCUCCCUCGCCUCUCUCCUCAGCCCACCCUCCCUCCCAUCUCCCCUCCGCCCACCCUCCCUCGCUUCUCCCCUCCACUCCGCGUCCACCUCUCCUGCUGCCCUUCUCUCCUCCCCCAUGCCCUCCACCCCUCCCUCACCUCUCUUCUCUCUGACCCUACUCUUGGCUCUCCCACCACUGGGGCAACACACCCUCUGCAUCCCUCUCGGGCUGCACCCAUUCCAUGCCUCCCACCACCACAUAGCUCCCAUCUCCCUCAUGCCUCAAACCGCCUCCAUGGGCCAACCCGUACCCCCAACCCAAUGUUGCUGGGGGGACUGCAAAGGGGAGCGGGUAAAAGGGCGUACCCUUCUGCCCUUCCACACCCCUCGCCAGCCCAUUCUCCCUUCCUCCGUCUUUCUGCUUCGCCUCCUGAUCCCCCUUCUCCCGCCCCUCGCCCCGUUUCCGCCAAGCCUACACACGCACUAG